AUGACAAAUGUAGAUCCAUUAUCAUUUCCAGAGUGGCCAUCAAUUCUUGAAGCUUUAGACAUCCAAACAACACUUGACAAGAUUGGUCCCAAAGAUAUUUUGGGGAAAAAAUUAGAGUCAAUAGAGAAAUGGGAUAUAUUCUUUCGAACUUAUGCAAGGUACACGGGUUUCAGUGUUCGAAACGAAGAUGUGAGGCGGGUGGAUAAUAUUAUCACAAUGAGAAAAUGGGUGUGCUCUAAAGAGGGUUAUCGAAGAGAAAAGUUCAUAAAUAUGCAAGACAGACAAAGAACAACCAAGCCAAUAACAAGAAAUGGUUGUAAGGUAGCCUUAAGAGCAGUGCAUACUAAGGACGAAACCUCUUACAUUGCAAAAGAAUUUGUGUCACAACACAAUCACGAGACAGCUUCCAUUUCGGAAAUGAACUUUCUAAGAUCCAAUCGAGUUGUACCGGACGGUGUAGUUGCUCAAGUAAUGUCUAUGAAUAAGGUAGGGAUAAAGACUUCUAAUAUAGUCUCGCAUAUGGCAUUACAGUCUGGAGGGUUCGAAAAUAUCCCUUUCCAACUAAAGGAUGUUUACAACAAGGUUGGGGAACAAAGAAGAUUGGAAAAUUCAGAAACGGAUUCAGAAUGGGCACUUGGUUACUUUGACGCCGCCAUAAGGUUAGAUCCCUUCUUCUCCGUCGAGUAUCAAGUGGAUGAAGACAAUAGAUUGGCAAAUAUAUUCUGGGCAGACGAGAAAUGUAGGAGAGACUAUUCUGCAUUCGGCGAUGUAAUUGCUUUUUACACUACAUACAGAACCAACAAAUACAACGAACCUCUUAUAAUAAUAAUAGGGGUUAACAAUCACUUCAACAGUUGUGUUUUUGGUUUUGGGUUGCUCCUCCAUGAGAAGGGAGAUACAUUCCAUUGGAUACUGACAAAAUUCAUCAAAUGUAUGGACGAUAAACAACCUUCUGUUGUCAUAACUGAUAGCGAUCAAGGAAUGCAACUUGCAAUUAAGAGUGUCAUGUCAAAUGCAUUUCAUCGCACAUGCACAUGGCAUUUAAGCAAUAACGUCACCAAAAAUUUGAAAGAUCCAAAUUUUACCCGUGCAUUCACUCGUCUAAUGUACAAGUACAUGUCUCCAGAAGAAUUUGAAAUAAAAUGGAGAGACUUAAUCGAUGAGUUUGAUCUACAUGAUGUAGAAUGGUGUGCCAAAGCUUAUAGUUCUAAACUCAUGUGGGGAGAAGCCUUUGUAAGAGGUCAUUUUUGCGCUGGAAUGAGAACAACACAAAGAAAUGAAUCUAUGAAUGCAACUUUGAAAAAAUUUCUCCUGGCGAGCUAUCCCCUUAGAGAAUUUAUCCAAUGUAUUGAUAUUGGUGUCAGUAAGCUACGCUACAAUGAAGCCCAAAAGAUGUUUAAGAAUAAGCACACUUCUCCUCAACUACCAUCGUUAACUGAUCCAGUCAGACCUUAUUACAAGAAUGCAUCUGAAAUUUACACUUAUGAAUUGUAUAUUAAAGUUGCAAACGAGAUAAGAAAAGAGGCGGGAUAUAGAAUUAGUCACUUUGAUGACUGUGGGGAUCACCUUCUUCUUUCCCUAAUUCGAUUUCAACAUGGAGAAAUAAGUUAUAAGGUCCGAUACUACAAGAUUAACAAUCACUUCAAGUGUGAUUGCUUGUUAUUCGAAACAGAAGGUUAUCCUUGCAAGCACAUAUGGGCAUCCAUGAAACACUUCAACAUAAGUCGUUUGCCACCCUCACUCAUUUUGAAACAAUGGACCAAGGAGGCAACAACAUCAUCAACUCCACCCGAACAAGGUGUCUCCAAUAAUCAAGAACAACUGACACAAAUGGAAAGGUAUGACUCUCUUACUUCUGACACAAACAUGUUAAAUUUUUAUGCUUCAAGAAUGGAUUCAAAUUUCAUAUUUGCUAAGCAAGAGAUAGCACGCAUCACUGCAUACUGUAAAGAUGCCUUUGAACAAAACUUAGGCUCACCAACACCAGUCCAAGUACCACACAUGGGACACCAAAACAACCCAAAUAUUGUGAGAGAUCCAGUCAUUGUAAAAACGAAAGGAAUGAGAAAUCAUCAUGGAGGUCAAGUUGAGGGACUUGGUGGCCUUGAUGGUAAGAAAAGUAGAAAAUGUCGUAUGUGUUCUAGUGUUGAACAUGAUUAUCAUAAAUGCCCUCACAAACUAAGACCAAACACAAGAGGACAAAGUGCAUCAUCUAGUCAACUUGCUUCCUUCUUUGGUCCUACUACAACAAACAAUCAUGAAAACACUGAGUACUUUGUGGAUGAUUCAACACAAGAAUCUUUUCAAUCAUUCCCAUUUAUGUAG